UUGCUGGGCUUCCAGCUCUGACUCCAGCGCUACACUGAGUCCGGUCGGGCGGACGCGCGGAGUGGACGGCGGAGACGCGCGCGGGAUUCGGGCCGGCGGGCGGGCGGGCGGGCCGGGUGGCGGCGGAGGAACUGGAGGCGCGAUGGCCGAGGGCAGCGCUGUGUCCGACCCUCAGCACGCCGCGCGCCUGCUGCGGGCGCUCAGCUCGUUCCGGGAGGAGGCGCGCUUCUGCGACGCGCACCUGGUCCUCGACGGCGAGGAGAUCCCGGUGCAGAAGAACAUCCUGGCGGCGGCCAGCCCGUACAUCAGGACAAAGUUAAACUAUAAUCCUCCCAAAGAUGACGGCUCCACUUACAAGAUUGAACUUGAAGGGAUAUCGGUAAUGGUUAUGAGAGAGAUCCUGGAUUACAUCUUCAGUGGGCAGAUCAGGCUAAAUGAAGAUACAAUCCAAGAUGUUGUACAGGCAGCCGACCUGCUGCUGCUGACGGACCUGAAAACCUUGUGCUGUGAGUUUUUGGAGGGCUGCAUUGCCGCGGAGAACUGCAUCGGCAUCCGCGACUUUGCGCUGCACUAUUGCCUGCACCAUGUGCAUUACCUGGCCACGGAGUACCUGGAGACUCACUUCCGAGAUGUCAGCAGCACAGAGGAGUUCCUGGAGCUGAGUCCGCAGAAGCUCAAAGAAGUCAUCUCUCUCGAGAAGCUGAAUGUUGGCAAUGAAAAAUACGUGUUUGAGGCGGUGAUUCGGUGGAUAGCGCAUGACACAGAGAUGAGAAAGGUCCACAUGAAGGAUGUCAUGUCAGCACUGUGGGUCUCAGGGCUGGACUCCAGCUACCUGCGGGAGCAGAUGCUCAAUGAGCCCUUGGUACGGGAAAUCGUCAAAGAGUGCAGCAACAUCCCGCUCAGCCAGCCGCAGCAGGGGGAGGCCAUGCUGGCCAGCUUCAAGCCGAGGGGCUACUCAGAGUGCAUAGUGACCAUUGGAGGGGAGGAAAGAGUUUCACGGAAACCCACGGCCGCCAUGCGAUGUAUGUGCCCUCUCUACGACCCUAAUCGGCAGCUGUGGAUCGAACUGGCCCCUCUGAGCAUGCCCAGAAUUAACCAUGGUGUUCUCUCAGCAGAAGGGUUUUUGUUUGUGUUGGGGGGCCAAGACGAAAAUAAGCAGACACUGAGCUCGGGAGAGAAGUACGACCCAGACGCCAACACGUGGACUCCUCUCCCACCCAUGAAUGAGGCAAGACACAACUUUGGGAUCGUGGAGAUAGAUGGGAUGCUGUACAUCCUUGGAGGGGAGGAUGGUGACCGGGAGUUGAUUUCCAUGGAGUGUUAUGAUAUUUAUUCAAAAACCUGGACAAAGCAACCUGACUUGACCAUGGUUAGAAAGAUUGGCUGCUAUGCAGCUAUGAAAAAGAAAAUCUAUGCCAUGGGUGGAGGAUCAUAUGGAAAAUUGUUUGAGUCUGUGGAGUGUUACGAUCCCCGGACCCAGCAGUGGACUGCCAUAUGUCCACUGAAAGAGAGGAGGUUUGGAGCAGUGGCCUGCGGUGUUGCCAUGGAGCUGUAUGUAUUCGGAGGCGUCAGAAGUCGAGAGGACAUCCAGGGCAGUGAGAUGGUCACCUGCAAGUCUGAGUUCUAUCACGACGAGUUUAAGAGGUGGAUAUAUCUUAACGAUCAGAACCUAUGCAUUCCUGCCAGUUCAUCCUUUGUGUAUGGCGCUGUCCCCAUAGGAGCCAGUAUUUAUGUUAUCGGAGACCUUGACACAGGUACCAACUAUGACUACGUGCGUGAGUUUAAGAGAAGCACAGGCACCUGGCACCACACGAAGCCACUCCUGCCGUCCGACCUUCGGCGCACAGGCUGCGCAGCUUUGCGCAUCGCCAACUGCAAGCUCUUCCGUCUGCAGCUGCAGCAAGGCUUGUUCCGCAUCCGGGUCCAUUCCCCUUGAAGAGGAAGAGGAGCCAAAAGCGAGGUCCUGCCCCAAGCGCAUCACGUGGCUGGUCGUCAGCAAGCGCAGAGAAGCAGCUCCAUCUUGCUGUGUGCUGGGCAUCAGUAUGGUUACUCUUCGGUGGUUUUUUUAAUGCUUAGAAACUUGGGCUUCUGCUCUUGUUUGGAGACCAUGUAACUUGAAAAACUACCUGGGAGGAAUCAGUUCCUCCAGCCCGAUGCGUUCGUAAACCGUGGAUGCUAGUGAAUGUCAAAAGGAGGGAGUGGGGGGUUGGUGUCAUGUGAAAUAUCAGAGUUAAAGCCCUAAGGUGCGUAUUCCCAGAAGGGAACUCUUACCUAACUGACUGUGUCCCAGUGUAUGUGGCUGAGGUAGACAAACAACAGAACCCAUAUAUGCAAGCCAACAUCCCCAGCACACAAGGCUGUCCUUGUAUGGUGUGGAGGGGUAGAUGCCUAACCAUACUCAGUAAACUGAGGUUUGUGCCAGUUAUUUCCCAUUUAUUACUAGUCCUCUGUCUUAAGAUUCUUUAAGAACUAUAUUCUGAUGAACUGAGACUGAGAUAAAACUCCUCUCUGACAACAAUCUGUCUUUCAGUUGCCCAAAGAGCUCAAGUCCGCAGCCCCGUAUGAGCUUAAAGGAAUCGCUCGCUAUAAAAGACCCUAUGUUCUGAGAGAGUUCUGGGGGCGCUGUGAGCUUGGGAGGGAGUGUGUACCAUUCUUUCUACCUGGAAAAGCAAACUCCAGGCUGGUAGCACAGAGGAGACUUCAGAGUCGAGCAAAUGACAGAGGUCUGCUGCAACUAAAAAACAAACACUAAAAACACAAGAAAGCUGUCCAGGUGAUGUCCAUAGGAAUCAAACCUUCUUCUACCCUGUCGGAAAGCACACGAAGUCCUGUUUACUGCUGCUUAGACAUUACAAACUUAUCUUCGAACGCAGGUGUGUUUGGAAUCUCGUCUUUGUAACAGGCUGCCCCCAAAGCCGUUCUCUGGUAGUUUUAGAUGAUUUUCACUCCCAGUAAUGUUUGGCUGGUAGAAUAAACUACCUCAACUUAAUUUCAUUCUGUUCCCGUUAGUGCCCUCUUCCUUUUUCCCUCCUUCCCCAUCACUCAUUGCCACUUCCGCCCUCCUUCCCAUUUCCCAUUAGUAAAAACAAACCAAUCUUUAGUUGGUGGAAUUUAUCUCGUAAGAUACUGUUUUCCAUUCAAAUUAUGCCCCCUUGGUGUGAAGUCAGGGACUGGAGUGCACUCCAUUACUUGAUAGUGUGAGUUGUAUGCAAUAUCAAACUUCUAGUCAACUUGAUACAGAGUUCCUCGUUUCUAAUUGUUUUCUACAAGUUUCUUUCUUGACUAGAAGAGGCAACAUUGUAUCUUAGUGAUUGCUAAAUGUAUAAGUACAUCCUUUGGUUAUAAAUUGGAGAACAGGAAUUUCUUCUAGAAACUUCCUACUUUGAGAUGUUUAUAUGCAAUUGAAUUGCAUAUGAAACAUUUAUCCUCUUUUCCCCCGCCUGUGGACCUGAAAAGGCAUGGCUUCUCUGCAGGGAUUUUCCUAUACCUGUCUCGAGUGAUUGGCAUUAUAAAAAGUUGGGGAGAAGAACCGGAGGGUGGGUGUAAAAAGGGCUGGGCUUGGCUUCCUAACUCAGCUGUGGCCAGAAGCAACUUGGCAAGAGAAGGUCUAAGUUUUUAUCCUUUGCUCUAGGCCGGAUGUGCCACACAUCCAUGCCAUCCCAUCCAGUCACAUUUAUUGUCAGUCAGUGGAUUAUGUUGCAUAUCAGCCAUGUUGCUUUCCAUCGGGGAAGCCACAGCAGAAAGACCACCUCUGCUCUUCCUGAGAUGGGGGCUUCACAGCAGAGAAAUUGCCAGAAGGGCGAGUUGACUUUGGUGAAAUACCUGCACAGGACAGAGCCAUGGCCUGCCAGAGCAGAGAGAAACCGGCGCAGGACAGCUGUGGUAACUGCUCUGUUUUGGUUUUUAUUUGUUGUGUUGUUGUUGUUUGUUUGUUUGUUUGUUUAAACUCCUGAAGUUUAAAAUUCUCAGUGUGCUUCAGGCCUCUCCAAGGAGACAGUUCCUUGUUUAGAGUCAUGGGUCCAAUAGUGAUGUCACUAGUGCCUGUUGACUUGGUCAGUUCACUUAAAAAAACAAACAAACAAACGGGUUUUCACUUCAGUUCAUUGACACUAUGGCUGCAGAAAUUAAUGUUUUAUAAAAUAAAUUUGCAACUUAAUAUGGGAUGCAAUAACAAAAGCUGCUAAGUGCCAAACUGUUAUUUUUAGGUGUGUGUGUGUGUGUGUGUGUGUGUGUGUGUGUGAGAGAGAGAGAGAGAGAGAGAGAGAGAGAGAGAGAGAGAGAGACUGAGACUGACUAUCCUGUUGAAAAGUGGGGCUGUAUUUAAUUUUACUAUGAUGUUUCAAAGUCAACCAUACCUCUUGGUAACCACUCUCUCUUAGAGUCGAGCAGUAGCUUGUAGCCCCUGUCGUGCAGGUUGUGUUUCACUGCUGCACCUGUGUCUUGGUCAGGUCUGCAUGAGUGGUCCUUCCUGUCUUGGUAAGGCACUUUGACCGGGUAGAUGUUACAUUUGGCAACGGAGGCUAGAUCUUAAAAUCUGAAACACAAACAUCUUGGGGGAAGUGCAAUUUCUUUUCACUGGAAGGUCUUAGGCUACAGUUGUGUAAUCAAGACACCCUCCUAGGCUAGAGUCUAAAGUAUGUUUGUUUAUUUCUCUAACAUAUCUAAACAUAGAUUUUUUUUUCAAAGAUUUAAGUGCUUAAUUUAAAAUGAAGUGUUUUUUAUGUGAAGAGUGUUUAUGUUCUGUGCGAUGAGAAAGCAUGAGAGAUGAGCGAAUGUGCGUGCAUGCUGUGCCAUGUGACUUGACACGUCUGUCUGUAUAUGUUUACUUUUGAAUCGUAGUCACGAGCUAUCUCUGCUACCGUCUCCUGGUGCUUCAGAUAAACCUUGAGUCUACACGGCUGUGUCAAACACGCGCCGUGUGUAAAUGCAGAAUCUUUGUGGACAGUAGUCAAUUUUACUAGCUUUGCCUCUUUUCCUUAGCAGGAGCAAAAACAUGGAUUUACCUGCUAGCAGUUGAUCCUAGGAAGGGCUGGUCUAAGGGGCCGAGUGUGCUAUGUGGUUGCUCUGAGGAGUCAUGGCUCUGGUUGGGCUUUCCAACCAAAAGCCUGCUGGGGCUGUGUCUGAGUCUUGUUUGUGCUGAAGCGAGUGUUCUGUUACAUCUCACAGCUACUGAGGCUACUCUGAUCUCCAGUGGCUUGACAGUGUCACCAUACCCUUUAUAAGUGGGGAGAGGCCACCCCUCAGAGGUGUCUCGGAAACACGGUCUCUUCACGGAAGUGGUGAAAGUAGGGCUGUCCUUGCCAUGGUGCCUCAGAUUCUCACAGGAUGCCAGUCAGGUAUCUAGGGAAACAGCUGGCUCUCCUUGAGGGCUCUACUUGGUAACUCCUCUGCAGUGCCCUGUGCCAGGGGUCUCAGAAAUUCUCUCUUAUAGUGGGGAGGCUUUCCUAGUUACACGGUCCUCCUGUGGUCGGAUGCUCUGGGAAGGGGUGAGGUGACUUUUACCAUGUGCACUUAGAGGCUUCAGAACUACCUGAGAAAUGCCCACCGGAAGGGUAGAGCAAUGCUUCCUUCUUGCUGUAACUUCCCCUUAGCCAAGAGAGCACCUAGAAAGCCAGGGAUUGAAGAGGCGUGACAGUGCCUGCCCUGGGUCACCCACCAAAUACAGAGGGCCUCCCUAGAAUUGUGCUUGCGUUUCGGGGAACCUUACAAAGGAGGCAGAGGGGACACAGCCCUCCCUCUCUGUCUUAUAAAUUCACUGGAGCUUGAGCAAGAACCUUGUCUGUGUGAGUUGGUCCGGGGUUUGCAAGUAGGCAUCGAGUCACAGUAUUCUGGCCUUCAAUGAGAUGCUUUUCCCUAAGCAGAGAACGCGCUCUUCAAUUCUUCUGGGCUUUAAGUGAGAAGCUGUGUACAUAGGUGGGCUGGCCUCAGAAAUCCCAAGUGCCUCGUGUACUACUCGCACGUGCCUGCGUCCCCAGGUGCUUCCGCAGGACGCUGCACCUGUGCCCAGCCGCCUCAUAAUGCUCAUCACAUGAAUGUCAGGUUGAUUGGCUGCAUCUGACAUGGGCUUAAAAUCUUCUCCAUGUCUAAGGUGGGUAGGGGCGCUCUCCCCUUCCUACAGUGAACAUUCAAGUGUGCGCAGAAGCCAGGCCCUGGGUUUACCAAGGGUAAUCCAGCCAACUCAGCAAGAGCUUGAGCUUCCUCGGCAUGCAGGUGUUUCUAUUCCCAAAAUAGACAUCAUUUGUAGUAUGGGCUCAGCCCCCAGACCAACAUUCUGGCUGGAGAAACCGGAAAACCUUUUCCUCUCCCUGUCAGUUGGCUGUUGAAAGUCUCUCACUUUCCUGAGUGUCUUCUGGAAGCAAGGCCCAGUUUAUUCAUAAAGACUAAAGCUAACAUUUUAUUGAUUGUCCCCACUCAGUCGGGGAGGGAGGGACUGAUUUGGCAAGCCCAGGGGUCUUUCUGCCUUCUGAGUAAUCCCUCAAGGCUCUUUCUGGCUCAUUUUGAUGCUCACAUACAGCUCUGGGGUAGGGAAGAGUGAGUCCAUUGACUCAGACGGUGGGUGUCUCACUCUCGCUGCCAGUGAGGUCUGGCUGGAGUUGAAGAGCAGGCGCUUCCACAUAUUCUGUGGUGAGCGGCUCUGCCUCCUGCCUGGUGAACUCCCUUAGACCCUGGUGCUGAAUUUCUUCAAGCUGCUCCAGGGAAGUCUCCGUAGCUUACUUUUUGGCAUUUCCUGUUGAAUUGGAUGGGAAUACUUGCAGUCAUUCCCAUUCUUUGUGUUUCUGGGGAAAAACAACCCUCGUGUCCGCUACCUCAUGGUGUGGCAUUGGAUUUGUUCUGUAACAAGCGCCUGGAAGCAAGCAGCGAGCAGCCUUGAGAAGGUCAGUCCUCUCAGGCGGACUUUCCAUUAUUCGUACUUUUUAAAACAGGCACUUUAAACCUGGAGGAGCGGGAAUUCUUCUGGGGCUUCUGCGAGGCAAAGACUUGAAACUCAACUUGAACUUGAAAGAGUCAUUUAAAGGCGAUGUUUUCUCGUGGUAGAACAGUGGCAGAGUCGCGCAGCAGCUCUGCGGUGUUUCUGUCCUUGUUAGGAUCAGAGGAGAGCGUGUCUGCGAUAUGACACGGUGUUGUUUGGAACAUAGAUGCUUGAGGCGGCUGUGAUGUUUCUUGCAAGGUGCUGCCGAUUCCUGGGAAUUCCUCCUUUUGCUGGCCCCUCCCCUACACUCUCUUCUUCCUUCAGUCCUGGGAGCACCAGAUGUCAGAAUGAAACAGAUGUUUUCCAGGUUCACGAGCAAGCCUGACCCAACUACCUUGAAUCACCUUUACUUAAGAGCAUGACUCAUCUGUCACACUCGUAGGGGACUCUCCUGUGCUUCACCCCGCACGUCCCUUCUCCACACCCAGUAACAGGCUCUCACUGACCCAGCCUCUGGUCUCUCCUGGUCCCCAGGUGAGAAUGACAUCACCGAGGGAGCUCAGCAAUUGGAGACAGUCUUCUAGGAGUUCGUUCUUAUAGGAAUGGCCACUUCUCAGGUCACAGUUGGACCUGGCCUGCUACAUAGGAGACCUGGGUAAUCAACAGAGGCCAACCCUCUUUUCAGCUUUCUGUUCCCCUCGGAGUACUGCACUCUCUUGAGUGUUCCCCUCAGAGCUCUAUCCCUGGCUUCCAGCCCUCCCCUCAGAGCCUGAUACAUUUUAAAACUGCAUGCAACUGUAGUGCCCUAAGACUUUAAUCCCAGCACUCAG